UGCAUUAUAUUAUGCAAGUCUUUGAAUCAUGGCCUUUUGACUAAAAGAUUUUAAUUCUCCAUUUGUAUCUAAGUUAUAAUAUCUCAAAAAGAAUAAAGUAUUUUCCAUAAGAUUCCAACAAUGGUUUCUUGGAAAAUCCUGUUAUGGUUUGUCUCAAUUUAUCUUGCAUUUAUUAGCUCUUUCUGUCAAGAAACUACAAAUAUUGUCCCUCUUGGUUCCAAUAUCACAGCUGGAACUGAAUCUUCACACUGGCUUUCAUCCUCUGGAGAUUUUGCUUUUGGUUUCUACCAUCUUAACAGUACUGGACUAUUCCUUGUUGGAAUAUGGUUUGAUAAAAUCCCCGAUAACACUCUCGUUUGGUCAGCCAAUCGUGAUGAUCCAGUUCAUGCUGGAUCAAAGGUUAAUCUAACGUUGAGUGGACGCCUCGUGUUGAAAGAUACUAAUGGGAGAGAGUUUGUUUUGUACAAUGGCACAGGCACUAGUCAUGAUACUAUGCAAGAUGAUGGAAAUUUUGUCCUGAAAAAUUCAUCCUCAGGUGUCUUGUGGGAAAGCUUUGAUUUCCCAACAGAUACAAUUUUGCCUGGUCAAUAUCUUGAUAUGGGGCAGGCGCUGUUUUCCAGUGCCAAUGGGACAGUAGAUUACUCGACGGGGAAGUAUAGACUACUGAUGCAGACUGAUGGGAAUGUGGUCUUGUCUGCAUAUAGAACUGCUGAUAUUGGCUACUGGAAUUCUAUAACUGAAAACAAUAAGAAUGUAAGACUGGUCUUCGACAACACCAGUGAUACUUUGCUCAUUACAAAUGGAAGCUCUAUCAUAUCCAACAUGACAUUGACAGAGAAGUUGCCUGAUUCAGUUCGAGAUUAUUACCACAGAGCUAUGAUCACUGAUAAAGGAGAUUUCCAACAGCUCUUCCACAGAAAAGUAAAUGGGAGCGGUUGGAAUGUUGCACUGCAAGUUAUCGUGAAGCCUUGUAUUGUGAAUAACAUUUGUGGUGUAUAUGGCUUUUGCCAAUCACCAGACAAUAAGGAAGCCAAUUGUAGUUGCUUGCCAGGCUAUUCUCCAAGGGAUCAGUACACUCCAUCUAAAGGAUGUUAUCCGAAUGAGAUGAAAGAUUUUUGUGAUCCGAAUUCUUCCCUUUCGGAUGUCUAUGUUGAAAGGAUCUCUAAUGCUGAUUUCCCUAAUAGGAUGUAUGCUGAACUAGAAAGGGUAUUUGAUACUACAGAGGAGCUUUGCAGGCAGGAAGUGUUGAAUGAUUGUCUUUGUGAGGCAGCUGUGUUUAAUGAUUCAACAUGUUUCAAGAAGAGGAUGCCUAUACAGAAUGCCAGAAGUAUUAAUCCUGAUACAAAUAACAUGGUUGCAUUUCUUAAAAUUAGCAACUCUUCGAUAACUCAAAACAAAAAGCACUCUAUUUCAAAGGGUGUUUUGGUAGCAGGUGUGACAGUAUGUUCAGUACUCGCUCCGCUUUUUGCAGCAAUUGCUAUAUAUUAUCACCCUUUUGUGAAGAAACAUAGAGAUGCCAAAACCCCUCCAAAAAGAAAGGCAAUUGAGAUGAAUUUAAGGGCAUUUUUGUUCCAGCAGCUGCACGAAGCCACCAACGGUUUCAAGAAUAAAUUAGGCCAAGGAGCUUCUGGUGCUGUUUAUAGCGGAAUUCUCAAGUUAGAGGAUGAAGAAGUUGAAGUUGCUGUGAAGAAAUUAGGAAAUGGAAUUGAACAAGGUGAUGAUAAAGAAUUUUUGGCAGAAGUAAGGGUGAUAGGCCUAACACAUCACAAAAAUCUGGUUCAUUUGAUAGGCUUCUGCAAUGAAAAAAGCAACAGGCUUGUUGUUUAUGAAUUAAUGAAAAAUGGGGCCGUGUCAAAUAUUGUCUUUCGCGAUGGACAAAAACCAAGCUGGAAGCUAAGAAGUGACAUAGUACUUGACAUUGCCAGAGGCCUGUUAUACUUGCAUGAAGAGUGUGAGAACCAGAUCAUUCAUUGCGACAUUAAGCCACAGAAUAUCCUUCUUGACAAGAACUACUCUGCAAAAAUUGCUGAUUUUGGUCUUGCAAAGCUUCUUAUGAAAGACCAGACGCGAACAAACACGAAUUUUAGAGGAACCAUGGGUUAUAUGGCACCAGAAUGGCUAAAAAAUGUGCCCGUGACAACCAAAGUUGACAUCUACAGUUUUGGUGUUUUGCUGCUUGAGAUUAUUUUCUGCCAAAGGCACAUGGACUUGAACCCAAUCGGCCAAGAAAAUGAAGAACCCGAGUUGAUCUUAGUCGAUUGGGUUCUUCAUUGUGUGAGAAACGAGAAGCUGAGAGCUGUUGCUAGUCUUGAUGAAGAAAUUAUGUUACAUUUUCACAAUUUUGAGAGAAUGACUAUGGUUGGCCUAUGGUGCUUGUGUCCUGAGCCGAAUCUUCGACCAUCUGCAGCAAAGCUUGUUCAGAUGUUGGAAGGAACUAUAGAACUAGGUGUUCCUCCUAUGGUUGAUACAACUAUAUGAGCCAUUUUCUGUAUUAUCUUGUAAUUUUUCCAACAAUUAAGUGUCAUUCUGUUUUAUUAAUCAUUAGACCUGGUUAAAUUUCA